AUGUCUUACAACCCGUCGUGGGAGCACCAAUACUGCUUGGCCUGUGAUAGGCAAACAGACGGUGCUACAUACUGCUCGGAGUCAUGCAGACUAUCGGACUUCGACAAGUCUUCGACCACGUACAGCACACCUGCGAGCUCACCUGGAUUGGAAGGUCCUGGCUUCACUUGGACAAGCUCAAGGAGGCAAUCCAAGUUCUACCUUUCACCAGCAUACGACUUCAGCAAUGCUCAGCCUUAUGGCUCAACAACACAAUCCCAAACAUACCUAUCCCGGCAAUCGAUCUCGUCGACCGGUCAACUUACACCUUCUAGCUCCUACAGCAGUUUGAACUCGAUGCAAAGCACAUCGUCAACAGGUGCCGAGGGCAAGCAACUAUCAGACAAGGCUAGAAAACAGCUAAGGGACUAUGCCAGCUCUUUCGAGAAUGCUCGCGUUCAACGACGUCGAUCUUGCUAG